AUGGACUUGCCGGAUCCAUAUUUACCUGGCGCUUUAAGCCUGUUGGAACAGCUCGACAAGAAACUUUUGGUAGUCCUUCGUGAUGGGCGCACAUUGAUUGGCUAUUUAAGGACAAUUGAUCAGUUUGCGAAUUUGGUACUUCACGAAACUUUGGAAAGGAUCCAUGUUGACAAAUACUAUGGUGAUAUACAGCGUGGAGUAUUUUUAAUUAGAGGUGAAAAUGUUGUUCUGGCAGGUGAAAUUGAUGAAACGAAGGAGCAAUCUUCAGAUCUUAUUCCCAUUUCUGCAAAAGAGAUCCUUUCGUUGCAACGAGAAAAAAUAGAGGAAAAGGAACGAUUCGAGGAAACUAGAAAUAAAAUAAUGAAAGGACGCGGUCAUCGUGCAAAACCUGUCGUCGAUGUUUUUAAUGAUGAAUCAUGA